AUGGCUGAGUUUGAUGAGAACUGGGGUAACGACCAUUCAGACCAGUGUUUCACUCUUGCAGCCGACGACACAGCCCUCUUCAAGCGGCUCGAUCUGAUGGGUGUGCUCAUCCGGCGCCUUGAGACCGUCGUCUUCCUGGCGGGCAUGUCACUGUUCAUCGUCUCAUUCUGCGGCUGCGUAGGUGCGCUGCGGGAGAACAGUUUCCUGCUCAAGCUCUACUCUCUCGCCCUCACUGUGCUCAUCGUAAUCAACAUGCUGCUCGGGCUUGUCGUAUUAUUUAUGCCCGGAAGCGUAAAGAAGGUGAUCAAGGACUCGCUGUCUGAGUCACUGGUCAUCCACUACCGCGACACUAUGGACACGGAAAGCGUCGUAGACGCCCUGCAGCGCCAGUUGCGUUGCUGCGGAAUGACGACCAAAAGCUUCAGGGACUGGAACAAGAACAUCUACUUCAACUGCAGCCUGAUGAAUCCGAGCCACGAACGUUGCUCGGUGCCAUACUCGUGCUGCAAGCCCACCAACCUGGAGUCUGUGAGCCUCAACUGCGGCCGCAAUGUGCUCAACAUGAGCGACUACGACGCCUGGUUUAUCGUUAACAUCGGCAAUUGCCCGGACGCCCUGCAUCGCUACGUCAAAGAGCACGUGAUGAUCAUCGGUGGAUGUUGUCUCAUCGCGGUCAUCCUCCUCGCGUUCGUCGACAUGAUCACCAACGCGGUGAUCGACGAGAUCGACAUCAUCUGCAAGAUAUACCAGCGUGUCGAGGCCGCCGAGCAAAACCACUCAUAG